UGAAGUGAACAUCUCUUUCACACCAAGCGUUUGCAUCUACUCUGUGACAAAGAAAGGGGGGGACGUCACACCAAGAGAGAGCCAAUCACAUAUUAGCUGUUUGGAUUUAUGCCAGGCCUUUUGGCUUGUAAGACUUUAGUACAAGUGGCAAAAGCCAGUUUUUUUUUUUCCAAAAAAAAAGCCUGAGACACGAUGCCUUAUACGCCAUCUGGCUUUUUUUGCGACCGGUUGAUCCGGGAACGAGAGAGGAGAGACGGGGAAGGAUCUCUGAACAAGCCCUUGCGCUUCAACGGCCAGGACUAUAACAACCUCAGACAGGAGUUCCUUCAGAGGAAGACCUUGUUUGAGGAUGAGACUUUUCCGGCCACUGUGGAGUCUUUGGGCUUCAAGGAGCUCGGACACAAGUCCAACAAGGUCAAGAACAUCGUCUGGAAGAGACCCAAGGAAAUCUGUGAAAAUCCUCAGUUCAUCGUUGGAGGAGCCAGUAGGACAGAUAUCUGCCAGGGAGAUCUAGGUGACUGCUGGUUGCUGGCUGCUAUUGCCUGUCUCACCCUGAAUGAGAAGCUUCUGUACCGUGUGGUGCCCCCGGAGCAAAGCUUUUCAGAAGGUUAUGGUGGAAUCUUCCACUUCCAGUUCUGGCGUUAUGGUGACUGGGUGGAUGUCAUCAUCGAUGACCGCAUCCCAACUUUCAACAACCAGCUGGUCUUCACUAAGUCCGCUGAGAGGAAUGAGUUCUGGAGCGCCCUGCUGGAGAAGGCUUAUGCCAAGCUUCAUGGUUCUUAUGAGGCUCUGAAGGGUGGAAACACCACCGAGGCCAUGGAGGACUUCACUGGUGGAGUCACUGAGUUCUACGAGAUGAAGGAGGCUCCCAAAGAACUCUACAAGAUCAUGAAGAAAGCUCUGGAGAGAGGGUCGCUCAUGGGCUGCUCCAUCGAUUCCCUGGUUCCUGCCCGCUUUGAGACACGUACGGUGACGGGACUUGUGAAGGGACAUGCCUACUCUGUGACAGCAGUGGAAGAGUGCCGACCGUCUCAGCACAAGGAGUCUAAAGUUCGUCUGGUGCGUCUCAGGAACCCGUGGGGUCAGGUGGAAUGGAAUGGUCCCUGGAGUGACAAGUACACUUUCUGGACCAAUCCUCAGUACCGCCUUCGCCUGCUGGAGGAGGAUGAUGACCCUGAGGACAACGAGGUGGCCUGCACCUUUGUGGUGGCGCUGAUGCAGAAGAACAGACGGAAAGAGCGCAAGAUGGGAGCCAACCUCUUCACCAUCGGAUUCGCCAUUUACGAGGUGCCAAAGGAGAUGCAUGGAAACAAGCAGCACAUGCAGAAGGAUUUUUUCCUAUUCAACUCCUCCAAGGCGCGCUGUAAAUCCUACAUCAACUUGCGUGAGGUGACCCAGCGUUUCCGCCUGAGCCCUGGCGAGUACGUCAUAGUACCCUCCACAUAUGAGCCACACCAGGAGGGAGAGUUCAUCCUGCGAGUCUUCUCUGAAAAGAAGAACACCUCAGAGGAGAUAGAGAACAGGAUCGAGGCUGACCAUCCAGUGCCAGCACCAGCUUCAGCGGGGGAAGAGAGCGAGGAGGACCAGCAGUUCCGGACUAUUUUUCAGGAGAUAGGCGGCGAGGAUAUGGAAAUAACAGCCAACGAACUGAGAAACGUUCUCAACAGAGUGAUCACCAAGCACAAGGACCUGAAGACGGAGGGUUUCAGCCUGGAGAGCUGCAGGAGCAUGAUUGCUCUGAUGGACAUGGAUGGGACCGGUAGACUCAACCUUCAGGAGUUCAGACACCUGUGGAAUAAGAUCAAACAGUGGCAGGGAAUUUUUAAACACUAUAACACCGACCAGUCCGGUAUCAACAGUUACGAGAUGAGGAAUGCUGUCAAUGAUGCAGGCUUCCGUCUCAACAACCAGCUCUACGACAUCAUCACCAUGCGCUACGCAAACGAGAGCAUGAACAUCGACUUCGACAGCUUCAUCAGCUGUCUGGUCCGGCUCGAAGCCAUGUUCAGGGCGUUCCAGGCCUUUGAUAAGGAUGGAGACGGUACCAUCAGACUCAGUGUCCUGGAGUGGCUCCAGCUGACCAUGUACGCCUAGAAAGCCCAACCAUCUCCCAGGUGAGCUCCACUCCAUGCGAGGACCAGACCUGCCAGCCUUUACCUCAAAACUCAGUGUGCCUGACUACCGUUAGCCUUCAUGCACCUCACCUCCAGCUCUGCUCCUUCUACUCCAAAAUGUCCUUUCAUUUGAUCUUUCCAUUUUUCUCAGCAGGUCUCAGGCCUUUUGCAUUUCCUUCUCUGCCUUUGUCCUCCCACCUCUUUCUCUCAUCAAAAUAUCAGUCUCAGUCAUAAGCUCUGUUCUGAUUUUUUUUUUUAAAAUACAUACUUACCAUUAACAUUUGUACCAUCUCAGGCAGCAAACACAUACGACCUCUUUUAUUCUGUCAUAAUACCUCACAGAGCCUCACCCAGCAAACCCACCUCUGUACCAUUCAUAUCCCCUGCUAACAUCUCCUCCUUCAGCCUCCCUGUGUUUUCUUCUCCUUUUAUCAAACUGAGCAGCAAGGCCUUUCUUCCUGUAUUCAUUCCAGUGAACUGGGCUCUCUGGUGGACAGUGAAUAAAAACUGUGAUUUACUCUCUAGCCUGUUAUUAACUAAGAAUCUGUACAAAUAGGGCCUAACAAGGAUUGAAAAUAUCACUGUUUCCUCAUUAAGUUUUUGUUUUAUUUGCUGAUUUUUUUUGUAAGCAAUGAAUCCACCUGAUCGAUCGACCUGGACUCAAUCACAUAUAAUCCCACCCAUCAGUAAAAAACAUAUAUAUAUUGUUUUCUGGUGGACAAACUCAGGCUUCUUGUGUUUAUCUCAGCUGAAAAACUGUCCAGUUCUCCAGUGCUAUUUGUGGAUGGAUGAAAAACAAGAAGAAAACUGAGAAGCAAUGGGUUUUUUCUUUCUUCCAAAUUGGAUUUUAAAGACUAAGGCUAAUGGGUUGAACUGCAGCUUUGUUUUUUUGUGAUUUUCCUCUUAAGGCUUUGGUCUAAUGAGUGUACUGCAUUUUUAACCACU